CCAUCUUCUUCAUCCAGAUAUCAUCCUCAGCAAUCACCAUUCACACCAGAUUACCCCUUCUUUCCACCUUCCUCCUUCAAAAAUACUCUCUUUUCCAUCGCUUUCCUUCUCGUGCGUAUUCCCAGCUAGCCCACUGGUCUUCUUCUUCUGCUGCUAUCUCUUUCUCUUGUAAUAAUGGAGGGUACUCUCUUCCCUAAUAGACCUGUACUCCCUGUACAACCAAACAGACCAACACACCCAAAUUCCACUUUGAAAUUUAAUUCAACGCUUCUUCCGCCUCCACCGCCACCUCCUCAAUCUCCUUCUCCUUCGUCUUUUCAUUUGGAUUCGCUUCUCCAACACCUUCAGCACCUCUCUGCAAAUCCCAUAACCACUAACAAGCUCAAGCUUUCAAGUUCUGCACAGGAAAGUAAUGCCCACUCUGCUUCUCUUCAGAUUCCCCUCCAUUCGUCUGAAAUAUCUCAACAGACCCAGAAAAAGGAACCGACUUCGGCUUCCGUGAGGCGCAUUGAUGGCAAUGAAACCGAGUUUCCGACUGAAGGUGAUGGUACUCUUGAAUUUUUGUCUCCUAGGGGUAAGUUGAUGCUCAAUUCGAUUGUUGAGAAGCCCUUGAAUAGUUUAAAUGAUUUCUUUAACUCUGCGAAGCUUGAGCUGCUCGAAGUUGAUUUAUCGAGCCUCUUGAAAGCGUUAGACCUUUCUGGUUGCUGGGAACGAGCGCUUUUGUUGUUUGAAUGGUUUUCGUUGCAAUUGAACUCUGAAAAUAUGAGGGUGGACAAUCAGGCUGUUGAAAUCAUGGUUAGAAUUCUGGGGAGGGAAUCACAGCAUUCAAUUGCAUCUAAGUUGUUUGAUAUUAUUCCUCUUGAAGAAUACUCACUUGAUGUCCGGGCCUAUACAACAAUUCUUCAUGCAUAUGCUCGAACUGGCAAGUAUAAACGAGCUAUUGGUGUCUUUGAGAAGAUGAAGGAGGCUGGUAUUUCUCCGACUUUGGUUACUUACAACGUCAUGCUUGAUGUUUAUGGCAAGAUGGGUCGUUCCUGGAACGCAAUCUUGGACCUCUUGGAUGAGAUGAAAAGUAAAGGACUCGAGUAUGAUGAAUUUACCUGCAGCACGGUUAUUUCGGCUUGUGGCAGAGAGGGUAUGCUUGAUGAAGCAAGAAAAUUUUUUGCUGACUUAAAAUUGAAUGGAUAUACUCCGGGAACUGUUACAUAUAAUUCUUUGCUGCAAGUAUUUGGAAAGGCUGGGAUUUACUCAGAAGCCCUGAGCAUCUUAAAAGAAAUGGAGGAUAAUAAUUGCCCACCUGAUUCUGUUACUUACAAUGAGCUUGUGGCAGCAUAUGUGAGAGCUGGAUUUUAUGAUGAAGGGGCUGCUGUUAUAGAUACAAUGACCCAUAAAGGAGUUAUGCCAAAUGCUGUUACUUAUACAACUGUAAUUAAUGCCUAUGGUAAGGCAGGAAAGGAGGAUAAGGCCCUAAAGUUGUUCAACCAGAUGAAGGAGUUAGGCUGUGUUCCCAAUGUAUGCACUUACAAUUCAGUUCUUGCCAUUUUAGGCAAGAAGUCAAGAUCAGAAGAUAUGAUAAAUAUUCUGUGUGAUAUGAAAUUGAAUGGAUGCCCUCCUAAUCGAAUUACAUGGAACACCCUGCUUGCUGUAUGUGGUGAGAAAGGUAAGCAAGAAUAUGUUAACCAGGUUCUGAGGGAAAUGAAAAACUGUGGAUUUGAGCCUGACAGAGAUACGUUCAAUACAUUAAUCAGUGCAUAUGGUCGGUGUGGGUCUGAAAUUGAUGCUGCCAAAAUGUAUGGGGAAAUGGUUAAAGCAGGAUUUACUCCAUGUGUGACAACUUAUAAUGCUCUUCUGAAUGCUCUAGCUCGUCGAGGUGAUUGGAGAGCAGCAGAAUCCGUCAUUCUGGAUAUGGGGAGUAAGGGUUUCAAGCCUAAUGAAACCUCAUUCUCAUUAAUGCUUCAUUGUUACUCCAAGGGUGGGAAUGUUAAAGGUAUAGAGAAGAUUGAGCAUCAAAUUUACGACGGUCAUGUUUUCCCUAGUUGGAUGCUUUUGAGAACCCUUGUAAUUGCAAACUUCAAGUGCAGAGAGCUUAAAGGAACGGAGAGGGCAUUUAAGCAAUUGCAGAAGAAUGGAUACAAACCUGAUUUGGUUCUAAUCAACUCAAUGCUCUCUAUGUUUGUCCGAAACAAGAUGUACAUAAGGGCCCAUGAGAUGCUUAAUCUUAUUCAUCAAAGUGGCUUACAGCCAAAUCUCGUUACCUAUAAUAGCUUAUUGGACCUGUAUGCACGAGAAGGUGAGUGUUGGAAAGCAGAAGAAAUGCUCAGGGGAAUACAAAAGUCUGGUCAGAAGCCAGAUCUUGUGUCUUAUAACACUGUCAUCAAGGGAUUCUGCCGGCAAGGACUCAUGCAGGAGGCUAUUAGACUUCUCUCAGAGAUGACCUCUAGCGGAAUUCGGCCAUGCAUCUUCACUUACAACACUUUCUUGGCAGGCUUUGCAGGCCAGGGAUCGUUUGCAGAUGUAGAUGAAGUUAUUAGAUAUAUGAUUGAGCACAAGUGCAGGCCCAAUGAGCUAACUUACAAGAUUGCUGUUGAUGGUUAUUGUAAAGCUAAGAAAUAUAAAGAAGCCAUGGACUUUGUGUCUAAGAUCAAGGAGAUUGAUAGCUCCUUUGAUGAUAAACCUGUGAAACGGCUAGCUUCUCGCAUUAGGGAGAAUUUAGAGUCAUGAUAUGGCUGAUACAAAUAUACAUCAGCCAUUGCAAUUCUUGGUAGUCUUUUGGCAAUUCUAUUGUCCUAUAUAUACAUAAUAUCAAAUUUAUUUUUAUGUUUUUAA